AUGGCGCCGGCUUUGCCCAUCAAAUUUCAGGAGCUGCUACAGCUCAGCAGCUUGGGCGUCAACCCGUCCUCCAUCACCUUCAACACCUGCACACUAGAAUCAGACUCUUUCAUUUGCAUCCGCGACAAGAAGGAUGAGGUCUCCCAGCCCGAGGUUCUCAUCGUUGACCUGAAAAACAGCAAUAAUGUCAUCCGACGCCCCAUCAAGGCCGACAGCGCCAUCAUGCACUGGUCGCGCCAGGUUAUUGCCUUGAGGGCACAGGCGCGGACACUGCAGAUCUUCGAUCUCGAGGCGAAGCAGAAGCUCAAGUCCACGACUAUGAGCGAAGACGUCGUGUUCUGGAAGUGGGUCAGCGAGACGACGCUGGGCCUGGUCACGGAGCACGGCAUCUAUCACUGGGAUGUCUUCGACCCUACUCAGGCGGCACCUGUCAAGGUGUUCGACCGCAAUGCCAACCUUCAGAAUAACCAGAUCAUCAACUACCGCGUUAGUGCCGACGGCAAGUGGAUGGUUGUGGUUGGCAUUUCCCAGCAGCAAGGCCGCGUUGUCGGUGCCCUGCAGCUGUACUCGAAGGACCGCGGUAUUAGCCAAGCCAUCGAGGGCCAUGCCGCUGCAUUCGGCACCAUCCGGUUAGACGGCGCCCCGGAGGAUACGAAGCUCUUCUCCUUCGCUGUCCGCACCGCCGUGGGUGCUAAGCUGCACAUCGUCGAGGUUGAUCACCCCGAAACGAACCCCGUCUUCCCCAAGAAGGCUGUUGAUAUCUUCUUCCCGCCCGAAGCUAGCAACGAUUUCCCGGUUGCCCUUCAGAUUUCGCAAAAGUACGGUAUUAUAUAUCUUAUUACGAAAUAUGGCUUCAUCCACCUCUACGAUCUGGAGACGGGGACUUGCAUCUUUAUGAACCGCAUUUCGGGAGAGACCAUCUUCACUGCCUGCGGCGAUAAGGAAUCCAAGGGCGUCCUGGGCAUCAACCGGAAGGGUCAGGUGCUCUUUGUUAGUGCCGACGAGAACACGAUCGUUCCUUACGUCCUCGAGAGCCAUGGUACCGAGCUGGCGCUCAAGUUGGCCUCUCGUGCUGGCUUGCCCGGCGCCGAUAAUCUCUACCAGCAGCGCUUCGAGCAGCUCUUCGCCAAUGGCAAUUACCAUGAAGCUGCCAAGGUCGCCGCCAACUCGCCUAGGGGUUUCCUCCGGACUCCCCAGACCAUCGAGAGGUUCAAGCGCCUGCCCCAGCAGCCUGGCCAGAUGUCCUUCAUCCUUCAGUACUUUGGCAUGCUGCUCGAUAAGGGCUCCCUUAACCAGCAUGAGACCAUCGAGUUGGCGCAGCCGGUGCUGGCUCAGAACCGCAAGCAGCUGCUGCAGAAGUGGCUCACGGAGAACAAGCUCGAGUGCUCCGAGCAGCUCGGUGAUAUGGUCCGUCCUCACGACAUGACCAUGGCCCUGGCUAUCUACCUCAAGGCCAAUGUCCCGCACAAGGUCGUCGCUGGCUUUGCCGAGACUGGUCAGUUCGAGAAAAUCCUGCCCUACUGCGCUAAGACUGGCUACCAGCCCGACUUCGUCCAGCUGCUGCACCAUAUGGUUCGCAUCAACCCGGAGAAGGGCGCCGAGUUUGCCACGACUCUGGCGAACCAAGAGGGCGGUCCGUUGGUCGAUCUCGAGCGCGUUGUCGACAUCUUCCAGUCCCAGGGCAUGAUCCAGCAAGCCACGGCAUUCCUGCUCGAUGCCCUCAAGGACAACCGGCCGGAGCACGGUCACCUCCAGACCCGUCUCCUCGAGAUGAACCUCAUCAAUGCUCCCCAGGUGGCUGAUGCGAUUCUCGGCAACGACAUGUUCUCGCACUUCGACAAGGCCCGCAUUGCCAGCCUCUGCGAGCAAGCCGGUCUGCUGCAGAGGGCCCUUGACCUGUAUGAGGAUCCUGCUGCUAUCAAGCGUGUUAUUGUCAACAUCCCCGGCUCGGCCAACUUCAGCCCCGACUGGCUUGUUGAAUACUUCGGUCGUCUCUCGGUUGAACAGUCUGUCGACUGCCUCGAUGCCAUGAUGAAACACAACAUUCGCCAAAACCUUCAGUCUGUCGUUCAGAUUGCGACCAAAUACGCCGAGCUUCUUGGUCCCCAGCGCCUGAUCGACCUCUUCGAGAAGUACAAGACCGCCGAGGGCUUGUACUAUUUCCUAGCCAGCAUUGUCAACGUCAGCGAGGACCCAGAGGUUGUCUUCAAGUACAUCGAGGCUGCCACCAAGUUGGGCCAGAUCCGCGAGGUCGAGCGCAUCUGCCGCGACAACAACGUGUACAACCCCGAGAAGGUCAAGAACUUCCUCAAAGAGGCUAAGCUCCCUGAGAUGCUUCCCCUUAUGGUUGUCUGCGAUCGCUUCAACUUUGUGCACGACUUGGUGCUCUACCUGUAUCAGCAUCAGCAGUUCAAGUCGAUCGAGAUCUAUGUCCAGCAGGUCAAUCCUUCGAGGACUCCUGGUGUCAUUGGUGGUCUGCUCGAUGUCGACUGUGAUGAGUCUAUUAUCAAAAACCUCCUGUCUACUGUCAAUCCUCUGUCGAUUCCUAUCGAUGACCUUGUUCGCGAGGUCGAGACUCGUAACCGCCUGAAGCUUCUGCUUCCCUUCCUCGAGGCCCAGGUCGCUUCGGGCAACCAGCAGCAGGCCAUCUACAACGCCCUUGCCAAGAUCUACAUCGACUCCAACAACAACCCGGAGAGGUUCCUCAAGGAGAACGACCUGUACGACACUCUUGUUGUCGGCAAGUAUUGCGAGAAGCGCGAUCCAAACCUGGCCUACAUCGCCUACCGCAAGGGCCAGAAUGACCUUGAGCUUGUGAAUGUUACCAACGAGAAUUCUAUGUACAAGGCCCAGGCACGGUACCUGCUCGAGCGUGCUGACAGGGAGCUGUGGAUGUUCGUUCUUAGCGAGAACAACAUCCACCGCCGUUCCGUGGUCGACCAGGUCAUUUCCACUGCGGUACCCGAGUCCACGGAUCCUGCCAAGGUCUCCGAGGCUGUUGCCUGCUUCCUGAAUGCCGACCUGCCUGCUGAGCUCAUUGAGCUCCUUGAGAAGAUUGUCCUGGAGCCGUCCCCCUUCAGUGACAACCAGAACCUGCAGAACCUCCUCAUCUUCACUGCAGCCAAGGCGGACAAGGCCCGUGUUAUGGACUACAUCCACCGUCUUGACAACUUCUCUGCCGACGAGAUCGCCAACGUAUGCAUUGAGGUCGGUUUGUUCGAGGAGGCCUUCGAGGUCUAUAAGAAGAUCGACAAUAAGGAGGCUGCGGUCAACGUCCUCAUCGAGCACGUUGUUAGCAUUGAUCGUGCCCAGGCUUACGCUGAGGAGGUCGACAUCCCUCAGGUUUGGAGCCGGGUUGCCAAGGCUCAGCUCGAUGGCCUACGCGUCAGCGACUCGAUCGAUUCGUACAUCAAGGCCGAAGACCCCAGGAACUAUGCCGAAGUGAUUGAGAUCGCCGUUGCCGCUGGCAAGAACGAAGAGCUCGUCAAGUACUUGCGGAUGGCCCGCAAGACCCUUCGCGAGCCUGUCAUCGACACUGCCCUUGCUUUCUGCUAUGCUCGUCUUGACCAGCUCGCAGAGCUCGCAGACUUCCUGCGGGCCACGAACGUGGCUAACGUUGAGGAGUCUGGUGACAAGGCUUAUGCUGAGGGUCUCUUUGAGGCUGCCAAGAUCUUCUACACCAGCAUCUCCAACUGGGCCAAGCUCGCAACCACUUUGGUGCACCUCUCCGAUUAUCAAGCCGCCGUGGAUGCUGCCCGCAAGGCCAAUAACAUCAAGGUCUGGAAGGAGGUUCACGAGGCUUGCGUCGAGAAGAAGGAGUUUCGCCUCGCUCAGAUCUGUGGUCUCAACCUCAUUGUCGAUGCCGAGCAGCUGCAGGCUCUCGUCAAGCAAUAUGAACGCAACGGCUACUUUGACGAGCUCAUCAACCUGCUCGAGCAGGGUCUUGGUCUGGAGCGUGCCCACAUGGGCAUGUUCACUGAGCUCGGCAUUGCGCUGUCCAAGUACCACCCCGAGCGCCUGAUGGAGCACCUGAAGCUAUUCUGGAGCAGGAUGAACCUGCCCAAGAUGAUCCGCGCCUGCGAGGAAGCCCACCUGUGGCCUGAGCUCGUCUUCUGCUACUACCAUUAUGACGAGUUUGACAACGCUGCUCUGGCGGUUAUGGAACGCCCCGAGAACUCGUGGGAACACCAGCAGUUCAAGGAGAUCAUCGUCAAGGUGGCCAACCUGGAAAUCUACUACAAGGCCAUCAAUUUCUACCUCGAGCAGCAUCCCACCCUGCUCACCGAUCUGCUGCAGGUCCUGACUCCCAGGAUCGACGUCAACCGUGUUGUUCGCAUGUUCCAGAAGUCGGACAACCUCCCUCUCAUCAAGCCGUUCCUGCUUAGCGUGCAGUCCCAGAACAAGCGCACGGUCAACGACGCCAUCAACGACUUGCUUAUCGAGGAGGAAGACUACAAGACCCUCCGCGACUCGGUCGAGAACUACGACAACUACGAUGCCGUCGAGCUGGCCAGCCGCCUGGAGAAGCACGACCUCAUCUUCUUCCGCCAGAUUGCGGCCAGCAUCUACCGCAAAAACAAGCGCUGGGAAAAGUCUAUCAACCUGUCCAAGCAGGACAAGCUGUGGAAGGAUGCCAUCGAGACCGCUGCUAUUUCGGGCAAGCCCGAAGUUGUCGAGGAAUUACUGAGAUACUUUGUUGACAUCGGCAACCGCGAGUGUUACGUGGGCAUGCUGUACGCUUGCUACGACCUGAUCCGCCCAGACAUCGUGCUGGAGCUGUCGUGGCGCAACGGCCUGCACGACUUCACCAUGCCUUACAUGAUCAACCUGUUGUGCCAGCAGACCAAGGAGCUGGCGGCCCUCAAGGCCGACAACGAGGCACGCAAGGCCAAGGAGCAGGAGAAGGAGAAGGUUGAGGACAGCACGCCCAUUCUCGGCAUGAACCGCCUGAUGAUCACGGCUGGUCCCUCCUCCGCCCCGGCCCCUACCUCCCCGUAUGUGCAGCCUAAUGGGUUUGCACCGCAGCCUACUGGGUUCGGUGGCUUCUAA